GGGCCCGCUGGUCUGCGCCGAGCCUCGGAGAGGAGUGGGUGGCGGCGGCUGAGGUAACAUGUUAGCGGGGAGGGCGAGCGGUGUGGCCGGCGGCGGCGUGGAGGCCAGUCCCGGCCCCGGGUCUACCCCCGGCCCCGGCCCCGAGCAGCUCGCUCACCUCCACAGGCUUCUCUACGGCAAGGAACUCAGGACACUGGAUUUGCCAGAGUGCGCUGUGGCAGCGUCCCAGGAGGGGGACUUUGAGCUGCAGGGUUUUGGGUUUGAGGCAGCCCCAGAGCAACUCCGCCAGCCACGCAUUGUUCGAGUGGGACUUAUUCAGAACAAGAUUGUCCUUCCCACCGAUUCACCAGUGUCCGAGCAGGUUGCAGCUCUCCAAAAACGGAUCGGAGACCUUGUGGAAGUGGCUGCCAUGUGUGGAGUAAACAUCAUCUGUCUCCAGGAGGCUUGGACUAUGCCCUUCGCCUUUUGCACCAGAGAAAAGCUGCCGUGGACAGAAUUUGCUGAAUCUGCAGAGGAAGGACCGACGACGAGGUUUUGCCAGGAGCUUGCAAGGAAGUACAACCUAGUUGUCGUGUCCCCAAUCCUGGAGCGGGAUGAGCUUCACGGAGACACAUUGUGGAACACAGCGGUGGUGAUUUCAAACUCCGGCAGGGUUCUGGGCAAGACUAGGAAGAACCACAUUCCCAGGGUUGGAGACUUUAAUGAGGACAACUGGACCAACUCUAACUCAGUUAGAACCAACUGGAAGAAUGGGCCAGAAAAUGGCAGAUGGAAUUUAAUGCAGACGAGUGUGAGGUGUUGCAUUUUGGAAGGACAAAUCAAGUCUACAUAUUACAUGGAGGGAAACACUGGGCACACAGUGUUUCAGACUCAGUUUGGACGGAUUGCUGUAAAUAUCUGCUACGGUCGACACCACCCUUUGAACUGGUUGAUGUACAGCAUUAAUGGAGCUGAAAUUAUCUUCAACCCCUGUGCUACUGUGGGGGAGCUGAGUGAACCAAUGUGGCCCAUUGAAGCCAGGAAUGCAGCUAUCGCCAACAACUGCUUCACCUGUGCCAUCAACCGGGUGGGAACAGAGCAGUUCAAGAAUGAGUUCACAUCUGGCGAUGGGAAGAAGGCUCACAACGACUUUGGCCAUUUCUAUGGCUCCAGCUACAUUGCUGCUCCUGAUGGUAGUCGGACUCCUGGUCUGUCUCGUACCAGGGAUGGGUUGCUUGUUGCUGAGCUGGAUCUCAAUCUGUGCAGACAGAUGAGUGAUAAAUGGGGCUUCAAGAUGACGGGGAGGCUGGAGAUGUACGCAGAGGAACUCCUGCAGGCAGUGCAGUACGACUUCCAGCCUAACAUCAUCGUUGAGCAGUGAGACAGGCUGGAGGCCUGGACUACACAGAGGGGGACAGGAUUUCACCAGUUCACCUUCCUCCCUCUCCCAAGAUCAUUCAGUUUUUACACAGAUCACUCUGUCCCAUGUUAAAAAUGAGCUGUCAACUCUGUGACCUGGGCUACAGCUUCAAAGCACCAGUUGUCCUGCUCAAUUUGUCUCUCAACCUGACACCCAACACCAUCCUUUCGGGUGAAGAUCUCCUGGCUGCAUCUCACCACUGAGCUGGCUCCUUCUCCAGGGUCUCAGACAGAGGUGUCACACAGCUGCAGUCUUCCUGGACCUGCUGCUUUGUUCUGUGUCAAGUGGCAGAGUUUACUGAAGCCAUUGCAUCUCUCAUCAUUAUGAUAGGUCUAGUACAAGAUGUGAGAACAUUUGAUUAAUUAAAUGAUCCAAGUGAU